GCACCUCGAAAGCGUGAAUGACAUGUGCUGCGUGGGGUCUCAUUUCUGAAGGGAGGAGUCUUUCUCUUGGAGAGGACCCUCAAUGAGCCUGGCCGAGGCCCGGGAUCUGUGUGAAGUGGACUAAGGAUUAAGUAGGAUGUCAACUGAGACAGAACUUCAAGUAGCUGUGAAAACCAGCGCCAAGAAAGACUCCAGAAAGAAAGGUCAGGAUCGCAGUGAAGCCACUUUGAUCAAGAGAUUUAAAGGUGAAGGGGUCCGGUACAAAGCUAAACUGAUCGGGAUUGAUGAAGUUUCCGCAGCUCGGGGAGACAAGUUAUGUCAAGAUUCCAUGAUGAAACUCAAGGGUGUUGUUGCUGGCGCUCGUUCCAAAGGAGAACACAAACAGAAAAUCUUUUUAACAAUCUCCUUUGGAGGAAUCAAAAUCUUUGAUGAGAAGACAGGGGCCCUUCAGCAUCAUCAUGCUGUUCAUGAAAUCUCCUACAUUGCCAAGGAUAUCACAGAUCACCGGGCCUUUGGAUAUGUUUGUGGGAAGGAAGGGAAUCACAGAUUUGUGGCCAUAAAAACAGCCCAGGCGGCUGAACCUGUUAUUCUGGACUUGAGAGAUCUCUUUCAACUCAUUUAUGAACUGAAGCAAAGAGAAGAAUUGGAAAAAAAGGCACAGAAGGAUAAGCAGUGUGAACAAGCUGUGUACCAGGUUCCUACCAGCCAAAAGAAGGAAGGUGUUUAUGAUGUGCCAAAAAGUCAACCUGUAAGUAAGAGCCAGCCAUUGGAGGAUUUUGAGGAGCGGUUUGCUGCAGCCACCCCGAACAGAAACCUGCCGAUGGACUUUGAUGAGAUUCUGGCAGCAACAAAGGCUGUGACCCAAUUAGAACUUUUUGGGGACAUGUCCACCCCUCCUGAUAUAACCUCUCCCCCUACUCCUGCAACUCCAGGUGAUGCCUUUCUCCCGUCUUCAUCCCAGACACUUCCGGCGAGCGCAGACGUGUUUGGCUCUGUAUCUUUUGGUACUGCUGCUGUACCCUCAGGUUAUGUUGCUAUGGGCGCCGUCCUCCCAUCCUUCUGGGGCCAGCAGCCCCUUGUCCAACAGCAGAUUGCCAUGGGUGCUCAGCCACCAGUUGCUCAGGUGAUGCCAGGGGCUCAGCCCAUCGCCUGGGGCCAGCCGGGUCUCUUUCCUGCCACUCAGCAGCCCUGGCCAGCUGUGGCCGGGCAGUUUCCGCCAGCCGCCUUCAUGCCCACACAAACUGUUAUGCCUUUGCCAGCCGCCAUGUUCCAAGGUCCCCUCACCCCCCUUGCCACCGUCCCAGGCACAAGUGACUCGGCCAGGUCAAGUCCACAGAGCGACAAGCCCAGGCAGAAAAUGGGGAAGGAAAUGUUUAAAGAUUUCCAGAUGGUCCAACCUCCACCCGUGCCCUCCCGCAAGCCCGACCAGCCCUCCCUCACCUGUACCUCAGAGGCCUUCUCCAGUUACUUCAACAAAGUCGGGGUGGCACAGGAAGCCGAUGACUGUGAUGACUUCGACAUCUCCCAGUUGAAUCUGACACCUGUGACUUCUACCACACCAUCCACCAACUCACCUCCAACCCCAGCCCCUAGGCAGAGCUCUCCAUCCAAAUCAUCUGCAUCCCAUGCCAGUGAUCCGACCGCAGAUGACAUUUUUGAAGAAGGCUUUGAAAGCCCCAGCAAAAGUGAAGAGCAAGAAGCUCCUGAUGGAUCACAGGCCUCCUCCAACAGUGAUCCAUUUGGGGAGCCCAGUGGUGAGCCAAGUGGUGAUAAUAUAAGUCCACAAGCCAGUAGCUAGAUAGCACAGGUCUGGGAGCCAGAGCCUCUCUAUGCACAGAUCAACAGACCUAAGAAAUAACAUCAAUGUGAGCUUGUGGUGGGUGCUUCAAGACUGGCAUGGAACUCAACA